CGACAGGCGCAGGAAUCAUGGACGCUCCGCAGCGCGCCGCCCCUCUCUGAGCUCUUCUCUGUCCUCACGCCCGCGGUGCUGAAAUCAGCCUCGACCCGACAGCAAUGUAACGGCAAUGAGACAAAGACACCGGCAGCCCGACGAACACACCGAUAAUGGACGAUGAUUUGUUUCAGUUAAGACAGCUCCCAGUGGUGAAAUUUCGGCGUACAGGUGAAAGCACUCGCUCAGAGGAUGAGUGUGGCGGCAGGGAAGAGGCUUUGCAGGAGGAGGGAGGACGGAUGGAUAUGGAGUCUGUUUCCCUGGCCGAUGCUGCUCCGGUGCCUCGGGAAUUUGCCAACCCCACUGAUGAUACCUUCAUGGUUGAGGAUGCAGUGGAAGCCAUUGGCUUUGGAACGUUCCAGUGGAAACUGUCCAUCCUGACUGGACUUUCCUGGAUGGCCGACGCCAUGGAGAUGAUGAUUCUCAGUAUAUUGGCCCCUCAACUGCACUGUGAGUGGGCACUGCCCAGCUGGGAGGUGGCACUGCUAACUUCGGCAGUAUUUAUUGGAAUGAUGAUCAGUUCGUCAUUAUGGGGAAACAUAUCUGAUAGAUAUGGGAGAAAAACAGGUUUGAAGAUGAGUGUAUUAUGGACCCUGUUUUACAGCCUCCUCAGUGCGUUUGCACCUAUAUACGGAUGGAUCCUGUUCCUCAGAGCUCUGGUGGGCUUCGGCAUUGGAGGGGCUCCACAAUCAGUAACAUUGUAUGCUGAGUUUCUCCCCAUGCGGUCCAGAGCCACUUGCAUUCUGUUGAUAGAGGUAAUAUUCUAUUCUAUUCUAUUCUUUAAAUACAGGCAAUCUGCAUUGGAGGACAGGGGGAAAAUUCAAGAUCUUUUCUCUCCACAUUUCCGUUGGACCACUGUUCUGCUCUGGUUCAUAUGGUUCUCUAAUGCAUUCUCAUAUUAUGGUGUGGUUUUGCUGACCACUGAGCUUUUCCAGGAGGGAGGCGCCUGUGGUAGGGCGAAGGGCAGUAAAAGGGAGCCAAGUUGCAGUUUGGAGUGCAAAUAUCUGAAUUCAGAUGAUUACAAAGACCUUCUGUGGACCACACUUUCUGAGUUUCCUGGCCUGCUGGUGACCCUGUGGGCGAUUGAUCGAUUAGGGAGGAGGAUAACUAUGGCAUUGUGUUUCUUUGUCUUCUCCCUCUGCAUUGUGCCACUCUACGGCUGUGUGGGAAGGACGUCUUUGACCGUAUUUAUAUUCAUUGCGAGGGCUUUUAUCGCUGGAGGUUUCCAGGCUGCAUAUGUGUACACCCCUGAGGUGUAUCCCACAGCCACGAGAGCACUGGGUUUGGGCACCAGUAGUGGGAUGGCUCGGGUUGGAGCUCUCAUCACACCAUUUGUGGCACAGGUGUGGAAAUAA